AUGCCGUCCAAGGAUAAGUACACAGACCCGAAGCUCAGAGAUGAGAUCAAGGAAGAAACCCAGCAGUCCGACAAGGGUGGUGCGCCCGGACAGUGGUCAGCGCGUAAAGCACAAUUCAUGGCCCAGGAGUACAAGCGGCGUGGAGGCGGAUAUAAAGAGGAAAAGGACGAGUCUCAGAAGAAUCUCGAAAAGUGGACCGACGAGGACUGGCAGACUAAAAACGGCAGCGGCAACGCCAAGAACGAAGAUGGCACGCAGCAAAGAUACCUUCCAAAGAAAGCUUGGGAUAAUAUGACUGAAGAAGAAAAAGAAAUGACUAAUGCGAAGAAGGAAGAAGGCAGUCAGGAAGGCAAGCAGUAUGUGCCGAAUACCGACAAAGCCAAGUCAAGUCGGAAGAAAGCCGCAAAGAAAGACGACGAAGAUGAGGAUGAGGAUGAGGAUGAAGACGAGCAGGAAGGUAGAGGCGAAAAUGAAGAUGAGGAGGAGCAUGAGGAAGACGACGAUGAGAAUGCAGAAGACGACCAUCAUGAAGAUGACGAGGGUGACGAUGACGAUGACGGUGAGGAUGACGAUAGCAAAGCAAAGUCAUCCCCGAAGAAGCGCAAGGCCGCGCCGCCGAAGCACGACUCCAAGAAGCAGAAGAAAGAUUCGAGCGACUCUUCGAAGAAAACCAUUGGUUCCAAGCAUAUGCCAGCGGACGAGCCGGCUCCGCGGGGAUCGAAAGAUCGCCUCCCCAAGAAAGGUCAAAAGAUCACAUGGAAGGCGAUGCCGGGUUAUGUCGAUGGAGAGGUCGUCGAGGUCUUACACAGGGACAAGAACGUCGACGGCAAGUCGGUCAAGGCGGGCGAGGAUGAUCCCAAGCUCGUGCUGAAAUCGGCCUCCAGUGGAAAGAUUUGUAUCCACAAGCCCGAUGCGUGCUUCUACGACUGA